UCUCUCACUCUCACACACACCAGCGCGCGCAUGAGAGAAAAUGCAACCUCCCAAAAAUAAAGAGCAAAGAUUGCAUUCAGCAGCGAGCAGCAAUGCAGAAAUAGAUGGCAGUCUCGUGUCAGUGAGUUUGCAUCCCCCCUCCCUGGUCCAAGAGCUGGAGUCAGCAACAGAGCCCUGGAAGGCAAUUGCUUUUUACUACAAGUGGAGAAGUACCCCCUCUUGGGUUGCCUGGCUGACUGCUUGCCCUAUACACGUUUGGCUGCAUUUAUCCCUUCUCACUGGGUUGUUGAUGGGGCUUUUUUCCUUCUUCCUCCACUCUUGUUCCUGUCUUGAUUUUUCCCCCCUCUCAAAGUGUGACUACAAAACAAAAUCAAACAAAGCAAAACAACAGAAAAAGGACCUCUGGAUUGAUUGCCUUUAAGGGUUUUUAUUUUAUUUUAUAUUUUUUUUAAUGAACAGAACUAAAACCCCAUCCCCACAAAACUGCAAACACAGACCUAAAAGAAAAGGGUUGGGGUUUAUUGUUUUGGGGUGUCUUUUUUUUUUUUUUGCUCAGCAGCAACACCAACAUGGAUGUUUUGGCUAGUUAUAGUAUAUUCCAGGAACUGCAGCUUGUCCACGACACCGGGUACUUCUCAGCUUUGCCAUCCUUGGAAGAGAACUGGCAGCAGACAUGCCUUGAGCUGGAACGCUAUCUUCAGACAGAGCCCAGGAAGAUCUCGGAGAGCUUUGGUGAUGAUUUGGACUGUUUCCUUCAUACCUCCUCAGCUCAAGGCAUAGAAGACAGUAUCCAGCGGUUAGACCCUCUCUUGCUACCAGUAGACAUGAGUACAUGUGACAAAAAUGCCAACAUGGACGUUAUCCUCUCAAGGGACAAACUGCUGUCUGAGACUUGCCUCAGCUUACAACCUAUCGGCUCCUCCACAGAAGGCUAUACUGCCGUUAACCAGGCCCAACUAAACGCAGUGACCUCACUAACACCCCCAUCCUCUCCUGAGCUCGGUCGCCAUCUUGUUAAAACGUCACAAACUGUCUCUGCGGUGGAUGGCACAGUGACACUGAAAUUAGUGGCAAAGAAAACUGCCCUCAGCUCAGUAAAGGUUGGUGUGGUGGCACCAGCCAGCACAACAAAAUGUGCACUCAGCGACAGUGAGCUAGGAGGAGCAGGGGCUGAUGCAUCUCCAGAAAACAAGAAGAGAGUUCAUCGCUGUCAGUUUAAUGGGUGCCGGAAGGUUUAUACAAAGAGCUCACACUUAAAAGCACACCAGAGGACUCACACAGGUGAGAAGCCUUACAAGUGUUCAUGGGAAGGGUGUGAGUGGCGUUUUGCACGAAGUGAUGAGCUCACACGGCACUACAGGAAACACACAGGGGCAAAACCCUUUAAGUGCAACCAUUGUGACAGGUGUUUUUCAAGGUCUGAUCACCUUGCCCUCCAUAUGAAGAGACACAUCUAAAUAACUAAGAUCAUUCAGCAUGGCCCAGAUGCAGUCAGAGCUAAGCGUCAUGGGGGAGAAGGGUGGCAUGGAGUUGUAUCUUGCUGCCUUUCGGGACAAGAGAAUUUGAUCACAUGCAAACCUCUGUAUACAAACCAUGCACUAAAGUGCUGAAAUGCACCCAACUAUACUUAAUUACGUACCUCUGCCGUAAUUUGCGCCUUGCCCGUCUGGAAGGCAGAAGACAUGUGAGAGGGAAUUGGGCACAGAAGAAGUCAGUAAGCCAAAAACAGUUGCUUACAGCACUUCAGUACUCUAGAAUUUUGUUUCCUGUUUCUUGCCAAUGGAAAUCGGAGCAGAUGGAAGAGGAUUCCCUGCAGAGGGACAGCAGUAGAAGGAGUGUAUGUAACUUGCUUCUCAGUGCUACGUGAUGGGUGGAAGGUGGUUUUGGAGUUGCAUAUUUGUAGCACUAACUUUUCUUUUAAAAUAGAUUUUGGAGGGGAAACUAAUGAACUAGAAAAACCAAAUCUCAGUUUGGCAGCCAAAACCUAACCGUCUUGGUUCCUAUCUGUUUUUGUGUUGAAACUCCCUUAUGUACAAUGAUGCAUCAAGACUCCUCACGAACACUUUGAUCUGCUCUGGUUUUGGUGGUUCUUCAUAGAACUGAGCUGUCAAGAUCUGUUUAAGUCAAUACCAAUGGCCUUAAUUGGCAGUAGACUGUGGAGUGAUACUUAAAACACACCUACCACUUUUCUUGCUUGAGCUGGUGUAGACUUCUUCAAGGAUCUUUUCUUUUCUUUUUGUUCCUUAAAUUUUGAUAUUUGGUUAUUGCACAUCAUGUGCACUAGGGACUGCGAAAACCACUGGUGUAUUUUACAGUGGUUGGCCAGCAAAGUCCCUGAGCAACACCACAGUAUAUCUUCGGAGGCAUCACCAUAUUGCCAUAGAUCAGACUUCCUAUUUAAUUGCCUAAUGAAAACUUGAAAGAAAGAAAAAGCUUGUUUGGAAGCUUGAACCUUUUCUCCAUGUUCCUCAGAACUCAUUUCCUCACCUGGAUAUCUGUCUUGGAUUCUAUCACUCAGGCAUGACUUCAGGUUUUCCUUCUGCACCAUGAGGAGGCGGGGCAUGCUCGUUGCAACCCACAACUAUUGGUUAGCAACUCUGGUCUCUUGUUCUUGCUAGCCCUUUUACCCAGUCAAAUGUCUGGUAACUUAUUUGUGUGUCUGGCACCUGCAAAGAUAUAUUUUGGGUUGAGCAGAUUUGUAAAAAUAUUCCUAUGAUCAUCAUGAGUGGAAAAGCGAGAACCUCUUCCAGUUAAAAUGACCUCGUACAGCAUUCUGCUUUAAAGAAAAUGCUUACCUAUGUUCUCCUUUCCCAUUUAUCAAGGUGAUAAAACUUUCCCACUCUUUUAACAUGUAACAGUUUAAUAAAAGGGAUUGGCUUUGGUGAGCACUGACUUCCUUCCAAGUGCACAUUAAAAAAGAAAAAGAAAAAAGUAAUGCAUGGGUUCAAUUUGACCAACAGUUGUAUCAUUAGUGAUCAGAGGAAGCAUCAGGCUCACUCUUGAAUCUUGUAGAUAAUUUGAUGGUUGUUCCUCAAAGUGGAUUAAUUUCCCUGUACUUUACACAAAACAAUUUACUCUCUAUAUACAUAAUGUCUCUUUCUAGCUAGUUGGAGCUGGCACUGAUUCCAAAGACUGCCUUUUCAAAUUAUCUCUCGUGCAGGUGGAGAGUUAGUCAUUGGGAAUGGUUGUGUAUACUAAUGUGGGACCAUCCUCGCAAGAUGUGCCAACAAGUGAAACGGCAUGUGAUUCUCCCUUGGUUGCUGCUCUUCCACUCUUUAAACUAGCUCACUGCCCUCCUUUUGACUGUUUUUUGACUCGCUGACUGUUCAGUAAUUUCCUAAUUUAUGUUUAGGAUGCAAAAACUUUAAAUGUUCUUUUUAUACAGAAUAUCUGCAAUUGUAUAAUCUAAGUACAGACACAGGGAUUCUUAGCACUUGGCCUUUUUGGCUUUCUUUCCAUCUUUGAUUUCACCAAAAUAUCAAGGUUUUCAAAUUAUAUUCUUUUUAGAUCACAGUUCCUGCACACACUGUGACUCUUGGUGGCCAUAUGUGUUGCAUAUACAAGAUCUGGCCCUUAACGAUGCGAUGAGAAAUGGACCAAAAUCUAGCCAUCUUUAUGGGGGCAAUUAAUGUAGGAUGAGGGAUCCCUAAUGUAGGAGGGAGAGAUCUAGGUUUUUAUUCCAAAGAUUUAUGGUUAACCAUGAUUUAAAAAAUAUUGGAGCACUGCUUGCUGACAAUCUUGUAGUUCUCUAUAUCUGUGUUUGCAUAUUUUCUAUUCCACCCAGGGGUUCAAUGGGCAUUUUGAGAGCCCUGUAGCUUGAUAUUUGCAUAUUGGAUAUUUGCAUAUUGUAUGGCAAUUUUAGAAUAUCAGCUGAAGAAGAUUACAGAACAUCAAGACAUACGUUAGCGGAAGUAUCUGUUACUGUCCUUUUGUCUUGUAGCAUCCUACCUAUCAUGCAUAUAUAUUUUUCAUGCCAGUAGUCAUUGGGUACCAAUAUUCAUUAAUGUCAUCAUGUGAAUUGCUGUUAAAUCCUAUUGCCUCUAGAAUUCUUAGUGAUUAUCUACAAGAGUUGGUGGCAACUUAAUUUCAUAUGACUGUAUUUUAAAUAAUUAAAAGUGGGAGAGGAAAGCUAUGGAAAAGAAAGGGAACAAUAUUGAUUUACCUCCCGUUGUCAUUUGUGGUUUUGCUUGCAUCUCUAUACAGCAGAAUAUAAAAUCUUCAGUUCCCUUCAAAUGGCUGGAAACUCUAAUUCUCGGCAAGUUCGAGCAACUUACUUAGCCCAGUGUUGCUUUGCCCAUUGUUGUCUAAAACAAGUUAUAUACAGAGCCAAAAAUACUCAGUUCAGAUGUACCACAAUGGCAGACUGGCUUGUAAUUUUCUCUAGCUAGAGUUUCUAGUACUUCGUGCCCAUGCGUGGUGUUGCUGAUCUGUCAGUAGCGCCUAUGCCCCUAAAUGGUGCUGACCUUACACACACCCACACACCACAUGCUUAUACCGCCACUUAAUAUCAUUAAGGCUGUUGGGUUCCCCUCUCCUUGGUCACUGCUUAAUAGCCUCUGAAUUCCCAGUGUACCACCCUCACCAGCUAAAAGGAUCAGGCUGAAAGUCACUGGGAUUAAACUUCUUAGUAACAUGAUGAUUGCAUUGCCAGACUCACACAUCUUUUGGAAUCAUGCUUUUUGCAGGGUUUCCUUUUUCAUAUUACAAAGACUGAAGAAACUGGAAGAGCAAGUUUGUAAAUAUUUCAAGAACUUAAUGUCACAAUUUGACUCAUCACAUCUUGGUUUCCCUAUCUUGUACAAACCAGAUUUUAAAAGGCAGAUUUUCAUAAUGUAGAGCCGACUUCUUCAGUCUGGGGGUGGCUUCUCUCCAGUGCUUCCAAUAGGUGAGGCACUUCUUAGGUAAGAAGCAGCACCUUGAACCCCCACUCAAGCAGCACAGGGAGGCAAGGAGGACAAAACCAGGAAAAGGUUCAGAUAUGCUCUAUGAACUAGUUGGCCAUCCCUGUGCUUGAGCACUCUUUGAAUCGCGCUUGCAAUCUGGGGAGCAGCAGGUUAAGUGCAGCUCUGGGGCUGGACAGGCAAUACUCUUGUUUCUUCAGCUAGCAGAGGUGUUUGACAAUCCAUGUUGAGGACGCCACUCUGCAUGUUUGGUUUAAAGAGCGCAUCUUCUGUGAACUGUAUUGCAUCCACCAAGUAAAAAAUUUCUUCACAGUAUGUGCUGUUGAAUUCUGAUUGAUUUUCUUUUUCUUAGAAGAAAAUGUGCUGUUGAAUUCUGAUUGAUUUUCUUUUUCUUAGAAGAAAAUUUGUCUAUACUUUUCACAGCACUGGGCAGGGGCAUUGAGGUGUUUACCCUUCCUUACUAGAUUAAUCUCUGUUUUUCUCUGAAUGAUGAUAAAAUGAUCCUAUCUUAUCUCAUGUUUUCCUGUUUAUGGUCUUGUGUAUUUUGUAAUACUACAUAAUCUCAGUAGAAACUGCAAAAUUUGACCCCAAACACUUACCAAGGAAAAUCUGGCUUGCUUUCUUUUACGGGAUUAGAGCAAUAUGAUGUUUCUUUCAAAAAAAUAGUGGGAUGGAUGAAGAACUGUAUCAAGAAUUCGUUAACUGCUGAAAUAUAUUCAUAAGCAGAUUUUGUUUUCCUUAUUCAUGAUGCGCUUGCAUUGAAAAUUGAGAUUGGCUUACUAAUUUUUUUAAAAAUGACAAAUUUUGACAUUUUUAAUUUUUCUGUUUGAUUUAUUGUCAGAACACCAUUUCUACAUACCCUUGGGGUGUGUGUGUGUGUGUGUGUGUGUGUGUGC